AUGUUGACCAACCAGGAUUUCUAUGGCAGCGAAGAACCAAUGUCCCUGUCAUCAAUCGAGGUCCUCGCGCAAAAGGCCGCUGAUGCUGCGAGACAACUUGCUCGAUUCCACCGAGCUCGCCAGCCUGAAACCACCAGAGCUGCCACGGCGGGCUUCCUUAGCUUGCCAGAUGGAGCACCGGCCGAAAUCACCGCCGCCAAAACCACUCUUCUCGAAGCAACGACUGCUCUUCAGCAACUCGUCAUGUCACCAAGCGACUUCCACCUGAACAACACCAUAUACACCCAGCAACUAGCCAGCUAUCGGUGGCUCGCAAAUCUCCAGAUUGCCGAUCAUGUACCGCUCGACGGGAGUAUCGAGUACAAUGCAUUGGCAGAAAUCGCCAACGUACCAGUGCAGCAGCUCACCCGUAUCGCCCGACUAGCCAUGACGGGCGGAUUCUUCUAUGAGCCCACACCAGGACACAUCCAACACACGGCGAUCUCAGCUGGUUUCCGUUCCUCUGAGGCGCUGGGGCAGACGAUGCUGUUUCUGACCGAGACGGUCCUUCCUACCACGACGAAGAUCGUGGAGAUGUCGAGAUCUGCCCAGUACGCCUUACGGGAAGGCACUGAAGCUCCGGCAAGGACAGCAUUCCAGCUCGCCCACAACACCUCCCUGCCCUUCUUCGCUUACCUGGCACAAGCUCCCGAGCUCGGCAAGCGCCUGGCAGCCGGCAUGCGCAACAACACUGCGGCACAGGAAACAUCAGUGCAGCACGUCCUGAACGGCUUUGACUGGAGUGCUCUCCCCGCAGGUACUCAUGUCGUUGACCUUGGUGGCAACCACGGACUCGUCAGUGUGUAUCUUGCUGAGAGGCUGCCGAAUCUGAGGUUCACAGUGCAAGACUUGGAGGGUGUGAUUGUUAGAGCUCCGGCUAUACCUAUGGAACUGGAAGAUAGGGUUAAAUUUCAGGCACACAGCUUCUUCGAACCUCAGCCGGAGGGCCAGCAAGCAGAUGUCUUUUUCAUCAGGCAAUGUCUCAACAACUGGCCGGAUGAGGAUGUGGUUCGGAUCUUGCAGGCAUUAGUGCCGAGUCUGGAGGGAUCAGGGAAGACACUGUUGAUGAACAAUAUCGUUGUGCCAGCGCCAUUCUCGACCAUAGCCGUGGGCGAAGGCGACGUUGGGCCGGCGUCAGUGGACUAUUACGGCAAAGGUCUUCGUCAUGAAGCAACGGCUCGAACACGCGAUGUUUCGAUGAUGCAGAUGAUGAACGGCGCCGAGCGAGAUAUGCAGCAGUGGACUCAAUUGUUGAAAGCUGCAGACGAAAGGCUGGAGAUCGUAGCGGUCCAGAAGCCGGAGGGAAGCAUCCUCAGCGUGAUCGAAGUGAAGUUGCGAAGUACGCAGAUGUGA